UCUUAUGGCAGUACAGAUAUUGUGACAGUUAGUGGUUUUAUAGAUUCAAAAGUGAUGGAUCAAAUCAAACAUUGCGAGGAGAUUUCAUCGCUUGUUAAACUGGCGGACGAAUAUGAACGGCAGUUGAAGAUGGUUGGGAUUGACCUUUCGGAUAUGCCAGAGGACUGCAUCUCGCUUGUGAAUAAAUACGCCGAAGUAAAAUCGAAAACCAAUUUGCACGAUCUCAGCGCCUCGUUCCUGGACGAGUACUACUGCAUGAAAAUGAAGGAACACAUCGAGCACAGCCACAACAAAUCGCGAUUAGGAAACGACAUAAAGUCACUGGAGGACGACAUUGAACAGGAAAUGCAAAUGAAUAAAUCCUUAGAAGAAUUCCUAGAAUCAGUAAAAACUCGAAUUGUAACCGAAGAUGAAAUGGAAAAGACGAAAUUCAUGAUCGAGAAACAGAUUGACACCUUGUUGACAAAACAUGAGAAAGUAUUCAGGCUGCUCAAGGAUUUCAGUUUGGAUCAUUUAAUAGCCAAAGUGGAUAUGCUGCAAGCGAAAAGGAAACAGUCGAAAUGAUGCGAAUACUCCUGGGCUGGGCUAGCUAUCUACGUACGUAUGCUCAAAUAUGUAAGAAAAUGGAAAUCAAGAGACUGCCUCAAAAUUUUACUUUAGUGUUUAGCGGAAGUUUUUAUAAUUUAUUUAAGCGUAAAAUAUUAGAGCGUGUUUUCGCAAAUGAAAACAUAAAAUUUGAAAAUAAAAAAAUCGAACUAAUUAUCUUGUUUGCAUUA